AUGGCUCCCAAGCAAGGAGGUGCUGGCAGUCAGUCAUCGCAGAAGGGCGGCUCCGGAAAGGGCAAAGAGAAAGCGGACAAUCAGCAGAUUACAAAGAUCGAAUUUGGAUUGCCCCCUUCGAUGGUUCAAUCCUUACAAUCGAUCGCGACCAGGGCUACACAGGAUUUGUGGAGCCAGACAGCCUUUACUGCCGAGAAUGCCACCGUCGAACAGUUAGCUCAGCGCAGUGCAAACGCCCUGGGUCGACUGUCGAAGCGGUUGAACGGCAACGUCCGCGCCAAGAAGGACCUCCAGGAUGCGCUGCUGGCAUGGCUGUCUACAAUGGGACAGCAUCUUUUGGGCCUCGCCCACCGUGUCGAUGCUCUCAGCAGGAAAGUGGACGAGGAUACAGUCGCUGCAGUGGAGGAAAUGCGCCAAGUCAUGGCGGCACAACCCUCCGUGACCACAGAGGAGCAGCUCGACCGUGCGACCCAGUCUCUGGGACCAGUUUGGUCCGAGGGCCAAGUGGUGGAGGUUCAGAGUUUGGCAGCAGCUCUUCGAGCCUUCUCCACGACCCAGGCCAUGCCUUCAGGGACUCCAGUUCCAGUGCAAGGGCUUGCAGGUGUGCACAGAGGCGGCACCUUUCUAGGGCUGCAAGUUGCAGCAGGACCCUCCUCGGAUGUCCCUAUGCUUUCUGGCCCUCAGCAGCCCGCUGGAGACCUCGCUGCCGGACCACAGUUCGGAGAUGAGUUUUGGGCCCUUGGACAACACAUCCAGCCAGGCCCCUUCUGGAAUGGAAGGCCAGCGAACGGAGGCAAUGUCGACCGGCCCUCCAAAAGCCCGCGUCGGGACCUGGAGGGUGCACCGUGGCCUGGAGAAGCCACAGGACGCACCCCCGAGGGCCUCAAACGCGAUGCACAGACCGCUGUUGCCGACGACGACCCAGAAUUACUGCCGGCCACUGCAACAGCAAGUGCCUGGGUUGUGUCAUGGUUGGCUCUCCUUCGCUUCGCUGUGGACAGCGGAGCCGACUUGGUGGGCGAAGUCGGCCGCUGCCCCCAGCAAGACCAGGCCAUGCAGCUCACUCUGGAUGCUCAGGCGCAGGAUGUGGUUCUACGCACUGCCGAAUCGGUCUGGACUGCUUUGGAAAAUGCGGUGGCGGACCCGGCUCAUGCCGACCUGCAGUCGCUCUUUCUAUCCCUGCAGGGAUUUCUGCACAGUGUACGGGGAUGCGCCAAUGCUCUGCCACAGGUUCGUCAGGGACUGCUGGUGGCCGCGCUCCUGUCCAAUGGGAACCUCAGGGACCCGUUUGCAUAUGCCCCCUCCACUGCUCAAGAAUGGUUGUUUCCAGACCUUCUCUUGGAAGCAGGGGUGCCAUUGCGCGGGUUUGUGGCAAAGGAUGCUUCAAUGGAUGCACAUGUUCAAGCCAGUUGGAUCAGACACCUGCCAGAACGAGCUCGAGUGACCUCUGAUGAUGUCGCGCAGCAAUGGCUUUCCGGCACAGCUGUCCCAGCGGGCUGUGGUAACAGAGACUUCGUUUGGUCGAAAGCAAUGUGGCCCUACUUGGGCACACAGACACGGGCAGCAUUGCUCUUCAUUUGCCUCGGCCUUGAUUUGGGCCUGCCAUUCCCUUACGUCCUCCUCAUGGGCCUGCAUGUGACGCUGCUGCUGCUGUACUUCUCAGUUGCUGAUGGGGCUACUCUUGACCUUGGGGCUGCGGUUGUCUCUUCUUGCUUCAUGCAUUCCCCUGAAGCUGUGCAGCUCCAUGCCCACGGAUUUCACGAAGGCCCGCCUGUUCUCAGUACCGGACCUGUCCUCCCCACCCCGACCGUGGAGGAGAUGUGCGAGGUCUAUCCGGUUGGGCGUACGGGGAACCUGCUUCUUCCACGCACCGAUCGGAACAGAAGGCAUCUUUCCGUCCUUGUGGGAACGCCUCCUGGCGCUCCGAUCCUGGAACCGUGUCCCAUCCCUCUCCUGGUUGAUGAAUGGUUGCAUGGUCCUCUUCUUCACGCCAGGUUGGCAGCUUCGCUGGGCUUUCCCUCGGGGGUGUUCUCUGCUUCUGCUGUCCGGGGAGUCCUCCCAGGGCUGCCAGGUGAGCAAAUUCUUCUGACCCCCGUUGCCUGCUCCUGGCGACAAGUGUGGCUGCCUGUGGAUCUGCGUCAAAUCGGAGGCCGUAUCUGUAUGCUUCAGUGCCCUCGUGUCGACCUUCUCCUUGCUCGAUGCCCGUGGGGCUGGUUGACUCUUGUGUCCCAGCCCCUUUUCUUGCAAGAUGUCGACACUCUGCAAUUCCAGCUCGGGCCGUCAACGGGAGCUCUGGUCAGUCUGCCCUCCGCUCCACUCAAUCAAGAGGCUUUCCCAGGACUCAUCCUCUUCUUCAGAGGAGCAGGUUGGAGGCUGGGAUGGCCCGGAUACGUCGGAGAAGGCGUCCUCUCCUUUGAGGUGCCUCGUGCGGCUGAUGUCGAUUCCGCCCUUCUUCACACCCUUCUGCGGCAGGUCCUGCCUGGGAAGCAUAUUUUCAUUGAGAUUCCCGAUUCCGGGGCCCUCCCCCAUGCCACGUUUGCUGCAGUGAGUUCGGGGCAAGACUGCAUCAUUUAUCGUCUUACUGACGCCUCUGUCCCGACGGCCCCGGGGCUCUUUCUUGCAUUCUCUGGAGUCUUUGACUCCUUUUCUGCCUUCUUGGAGAGUCUCCUCAGCAGUGGGCGGCCCGCCGCCGGGCUCCUCCGCAGCCUACGCACCUUUGGUCUCUCUGUGCUCACCUGGGAAUGCACCACCAUCCCUACCCGUGACGACUGCCACUUCUGGUAUGUCCAUGUACAAGCCGAUUUCGCGCGGGCGCGCCGCCACGCCGUGCAUUUCUUUGGGCACCCCCGCGCCAUUCGGCAACCUUCUGUGCUGCCCCCGCCGCGGGCGAGAGCUUUUACACAUGUGGGUGUUCAAACCACCGCCCCUUUUAUCACGGCUAGCACCCAGGCCGCUGUGUUGCAAUCACCCCCGACCUCAUGCGGGGCAGGAGUUGUGCCAGAUUCUGCGUCUGAGCUUGUUAGCCUGUGGUGUGAUUCUUGGCACAUUAAAUGUAUCGUGGCCUGCAUUCCAGGUUUCACUGUCUGGGCACUGAGGGAAGGCGGCCGCCUUGUUGGAAUGUGCACUCCUGUCCCGACCUGGGAAGCUGUUACUCGAGCACUUUCCCUCUCUCUUUGGGAACUUCCCCAGACCUUCCUCUCCGAUAACAAUCAGGUCUGGCCGUACCCUCGGGAUCUUGCGGACGUCACAAGGAAGUGCGUUAGUGUGGGAUACGAUUCGCCCGAGGGCGUUUCGCAACUGCUGCGUCACUGCACAGCAUCCUAUCCCAGCCCACCGCCUUCUCCACCUGCCUAUCCUUCCGCUGCUCUUGGCUUAGCUUGGUUUAGUAAGGGUAAGCCUUGGCUGGGGUUUCUAUUCUUUGCUAUGCAAGCGGGAUCUGUGCAGCUCGCGAUUACGUCAACUGCCCUCACUUCACGAGUGGGAGCCGAUGAUCCUCUGCUUCCUCGGCGAGACUUCACGCGGACCUGCACCCUCUCCUGGACACAUGAGCUAGGGCGCCAGACUUAUGGCUUUGCUGUUGCCGCCCCUCAACUCGGCGCCUAUGUGGAAUGCACCUCACCGUGGCCUGAGGUUCAAAUCCAUCUGUGGUUGCCGGGCCAAGGCCCGGUUCACAUGCGAGUCGGUGCCCGCCACAUGGACAUGCACCUCAGUGCCUAUUUGGGUGCUUUCUUGCCCGAUUGCGAAUACGGUCUUCAUGUUGCGUACGACUCCAACCCUCAGGUCCUAGACCUGAUCGUCGCGCCUCCUUCUCCUGUGGCGUGGUGGAUCCUGAGGGACUCUAUCGGGUGCGAGUUGCUCCGGCCGGUCAUCCAGCACUACACUUCGCAUUGCUCCUUCUUCUUCUGCACAGUUGAGCCCGAUGGCGUUGUUCUUAGUGUUGAGCCCUCAGCCGAAGUCCGACAAAUGUCUCCGAGCCCGCAUGGAGCUAGAGCUUUGAUCUCGCGUGCCCUGCCCGGCCUCAUAGGUCAGGUGAUCGAUGGCACGCUGCUGAUUGUUGCAGCUAAAGCAGGGCCUUCGUUUCCUGGUUGCCUGGCAGUGCUCUUGUUCACCUAUCAUGCGGCUGCGAUGCAGCCACCGCAGGCGCAUCAAUUAGUACCGGUCGCUGAGGUUGCUCCCACACCGUCCACCAUGCGCAUCUGGACCUUAAAUGUGCCGCAGCCAGUCGACCUGCCUUGGUUCUGGCUCCUCCAUUGGGGCGCCGCGGCGGUCGUUACCUUCGGCCACUCGCCCUUUAAUUGGGAGGUUGUUUCCGCUCACCUCCGCACUCUGUUUCAAGGUGGCCAACUGCCGGAGCGGUGCCCAACACUUGCCUAUGCUGGCCAGUUUUAUGCCCCUGGCACAGUUCUGCCGGAUUUCCCCUCGGGUGCUAUUAUCCAGAUUUUAGUUGGGGCCCUGGAGCGGCUUCCUGGGGACGAUGACCCCUGGAACCCGGAGCCUUUUGUUGUCGAAAGCCCUUACUUUCGUCAUAUCCCCAGUCGCGGUCCUGCGCUUGAACCGGCCAUUGUUCUGGAUGGUCAUGGCCACAGGGUGGCUGCUGGAGCUCUGCAAACUCCUCUGGUCGAUCAAGGUGUUCAAACAGACCUUUCCGGCAAUGGCACUGGCCUUGAUCAUGCCACUGUCUCCAGGGUGCAUCACCUCUCCCAGGAGCUCUCGUUCCACACUGCUCGGCUCUGGGCCGGCCUCGCCGAACCUGAUGCCGAGCCGGCAGGCGAUAAUCCACCGGUCCUGAGACUCUCCUCCCAGAGUGCAUGCGCGGCCGAUACCUCUACGGCCGAUCUUUUGGAUCUCAGCGAUGCAUCAGGCUCUCAGGCUAUGUGCGGACUGCCGUGGGUCGCUUUGCUGUUUCUCGGCGUUCAGGUACCUCGCGCCCUUGGGGCGGUUGGGAGUCUCCUUGCCCUUGCUACCCUCAGCUCGGGGUCAAUCAUUACCCCACCGCAGGCUAGCUCUGAGGAAGAGCAGGUUAAUGAUACUGCCCCUCCGGCUGUGCAGGCCAUUAAUAUGUCAGCGGCGGACUGGGCCCCCGCACCCGUUGUGCGACCAGCCGGCCCUCCCCCGCCAGAGCCGGUGAAUGCUCCCUUCCAACCUCACAUGCUGUUUCUUCGCGCGGCGCGGCCACUUGAGGACUAUGCCUUGAGACAAUGGCCCUCAACGGCCGAUAGGGAACCUGCAGCCGAUGAAGACACGGUGCGGAGAGUCCAGGCUGACCUCCAAGGCCUUCGGUGCGGGAUCCGAACACUUGCAGCCGCGAUCCCACUUGGCACGCCCUUUUGCAUCCAUAAUCCGUUUACAGCACGGCAGCAGUGUGAGAUUGUCGAGUAUUCAGCGGGCCCUGAAAUUAACCCCUUCGUCCUCUUCGCGGGUCAUGCUAGAGGCCGCGGCUGGGCAGGUUUGGUGCUCCUCCAGCCCCAGCCCGAUGCCAGAGCAGUUCAUCUCAUUGGCUGCCCUCAGGCGCCCGGUAACGUAGCUGUAGGGGUUGCUAUUGAGCACCGCUUAAUUCCCUGCUGCCUCCCCGCGACUGUUGAUAUCGCUGCCCUCAGGGCCCUGCGCUUGGAUGGCACUGAAUAUGACCUUCGGCCGCCUGAGGUACAGGAAGGUACACAGGUUGUCCAGUUUAGGAACGGCGAUUGCCUCUCAGCUCGGCGGCAUGUUCCCCAUCGGUCCCUCCAAGGCCAAGCUAGCAGGGACCCUACUUCUGCCAGAGGAACGGCGAGUGCGGGCGAGCGCGAGGGCAGCCCCGCUGACGAGUCCUCAGCCAUCGCUGCUUCACCAUCCCUCUGGGUCCCUCUUUUACCCAUGCUGGCUCUUCGCAGCCGCCCUGGCUCUGCCUGGCUUGUUGCCGCCAUUCUACCCAGCCUGGUCCAGAGUAUGCACAGACCUGGCGGUUUCCCAUGGGGGACCGACUCGGUGAACCGUGUAUUCUCAGGGAUAACUGCCGAGGAUCCAGUUUACGUAGUCCUGCAUAGUCCCUUCUUAGGGGUUUUCCCUCCCUACACGGCAUCUCAGGAGACUCCCCACUCGCAAGUCUGGGCGCAGUUCCGCAAUGAUGACCCGGGUUGGGCUGAAGACUUCUUCCCCGUUUGGCCGGGGCCGGCAUUCAAUGAACUGUCCAUCGUCCCGAUUGGACGUGAUCCAGCUCUGGUCACCUUGAUGCUCAUCUGGCGGGGCCACCACCGGGCCACAAUUGUUCCCCGCACGAUGACCGUGGACUGGAUUACGUCCUUCACGGCCAGACAUAUCAACAGUGCUGUCGGGGGUGUGUCUCUUCCCCACGGGCUUGCCGUCUGCGAACUUUUUGAUGUUCCACCUGCCGCGUUUAGGUUCCGCAACGGGGACGUCGUGUAUGUACAUGAUCCACCGGAUGACCCCGAUGAGCCACUUGAACUAGUGGAGCCCUGGCAUCUACAGGAUGGCCUGGCCGCACAUCACGCCCCUCGGGCGGUCGGAUUUCAGCUUAUGUUCCCGAUUUCAGUCCAUUUGCUGCGACCUGAAAAACCGCCCUUGCUCACCACCAUACCGGCUGGCGAAUCUUGGUGCCCUGAAGCGUUCUCCUUUUCAGGUGAGUUCCGGCACCAUUUUCCGGGCAUGUGGACACCUGUCCAAUGGACGAGUGCCCGCGCCCUGCAGCUUAUGGAGGUCAACGGGGUUGCCGCCCGAGUCAAUGUUGUCGCGGCCACGCCAGAGGGCCGACUAUGCCGUACUGUCGAUCGCAUUGCCUCCCGGCACAGCGUUGCUGACCAGCUCCACUUCUGCCCAGAUUCGAUACAGGUUGGCGGCGUGCCUGCCUAUGCCUUGGAACAGGCCUGCGAACUCAGGAACGGUGAUGUGGUGUUUGGGGCAUUCGACCGGAGUGCAUGCCCUCGUGGCCCAGGCUCACCGAGCUGGUGGCUCGGUGUGGCCCUCUCCGCCUUGCAUCUGAACCAGCAGCGGCAGAUGCGACUGCCUCUCCUUGUGGGUUGUACCCUUUCCUAUCACGCCGGUCUCAGAGGCCAACAUGCCAUUACUCCUUUUCACGAGCCUCACACUGCCGCUGCACCUAGCUGCCAGACCCUAGUCGGAGGGUCCUUCUGCUCUGCUGAUGAGGAUCCUCCCUGGAGUGGCAUUGACCUGGGCUACACCCCAUCUGCCAUGGGGGGCCCACAGUCUUGGUGGCGGGGCUCUCUUUGCCGCCCCAUCCUUCCUGGUGUCUCGGCCGCCCUCCUGUUUUCCGGCCUACGCGGCAUGGCCCUCCUGACUGCCACCGCGUGUAUCCCUGCUUCUAGAGCCAUGCUUCAACAAGCGUCCGCCUCGUCAGCCACAGUCCCGGCUGCUGCAGCUCCUCGCGUCAUUGUUACGGUUGCUAACCCUUUUGCCCCUUGGAAUCGGGUUGAAGCUGACCCGCGCAACCUCUUCGACGAUGUCGUUGCCGAUGCGCAUCACACUUUAGCAUCUUGGCAUCAGGGUUUUGCGGCUACGGGACUUGUCUUGGACAGCACCCAGGUUGUUGUUCCCUUACCCGGGCGCCGUCUGGUCUGCUUGUUGGUGCAAGGCAUGGGUCAGCUGCUGUGCGUUAUCCUGCCAGCCUUCAUGACCCCGCGGGAUCUUACGCAAGCCAUUCAAAUGCGACUUGGCAAACGAGUCUGCGUCAGCCUGUCACCUGGCAUCAAGCCCGAUGGAUCGCCGCUGCUGCUACGGUGCAUAACCAUGAACAGGAGCUCGGAACCCACCGCUGGGCGCCCUGCCAUGGUCACCUCGGCGCGCCACCUUGGCUCGUUGAACAGUCUGAAGUGGCAGGCCGCGCUAAUAUUAUCCAGUCCUGCGACUCCACUCGUUGCAUUGAAGUGGAGCGCGACGCUUCUCAUGACCUUCACAUUUCAGGUUAUACAGUUCGUCCUGCUUCAAGCCACGCCUGUCGCACUGCCACUGUGCGCGACGGCGACUGGUGGGUCCACUCAGCGGCCGUUGGGCUGCUCGGGCGCCAUCUCUCCUUCCCGGCACAGCUUGCCUGGCUUCUCUACAGCCUUGCCGCCCAUGCCUGGGCUGGUUCUUCGAGCUGCCCAAGUGUUGACUCCUCCGAGGCUCGAACCAUCCGCGGGACGGUUCUUCCCUCCUCGAGUAGACCUUAAUGAUGGUGAGCCCUACGUUCCGCAGAGUGGCUGGCGACCUGACGCCCCAGACGGCCCACUCGCACGCUACUUUCCGGGGCCUCGGCCGCGGACUGCCAGAGUCCUUUGCCCCCUGCGGGGUUGGAGCGAGCUCUUGUUCAUUAAUCUGGCCGGCACCUGGCGGGAAGUUGAGCAGGAAGGUGCUCGGCACUGCGGUCUCUGGUCGCGCAGGUUCUUUCCGGUGCGUGCUGUGCUUCCCGUCUCGCAGCUCACUCUCGCUCCAGUGGCCCCCUAUGGCCUCGCUACAGUUGUCUUUCACAUGGAAAGUUGCUCAGCCGUGGCUUUAGCGUCUGUUGACUCCAGUUUGGUUGACCUCCAGCGGCUCGCCGCUCGGGUAUUCACGCAUGCUCGCUACUGGCGAGUGGUUGCGCCACCUGUGUUACGCGCGGCCAACCCGCACACCCAUCUCAGGUUGCGUAAUGGUGACGCCUUUAGUAUUGUUCCUGAACAAUCUCAGCCAGAGGCCACCCGCUUCCCUUUGCUUCAGUAUCCCUCCCUCGAGCGGGCCCGACAAGUUGCCAGCUGGUCUCUUCCUUUUCGGUUUGACUCUGGUGGGCCAGUAGUUCUCUGGUUUUCUAAUCGCCGGCAAGGGCACUACAUAAGGAUUAGGGACACGGGCUACUGGGACCCUGAAGGUCCCACCUUUUGGAGCCUUAACGGGGAGGCUUUGUCAGGUUCAUGGGUCCCGGUUCUAACGGGUGACCUGUCGAGUCUUCACUUGGUGCACCAAGCUUCCGUUGGUGAGGCGCACGUUCUCUUCCUUCUGCCGCCGGACCUCAUGCCACAGGGCCGGCGGCUCGCGGGCUGCAAUGCUUACCGUGCCCCUCCAGGGUGGCGACUUCUGCCCGCUCUGCAAUAUGUUCGCGCUGACAGCCCUCUUCGAGACGGCGAUGUGUUAGUCAUCGACCCAGACGCCAGCGUGGUGUGGGACCCCUUCGGCCCUCUUCCCUCUGCGGCUGCAGAGGAGUCUCAUUAUGAUUGGCCCUCCUGCUCGUCGCCUUCUGGGAUACGAGGGGCCGGUUGGCUUGCCUUUCUUGCGGUCGCUGCUCGAUGGCCCCGUUGGCUUACUCUUGCUCUCCUUUCUCAUUACGUGUGUGGCAUGGUCCCGGUCCUGGAGGUGCCGGAUAGGCCCAUUCGCACAGGCCUGUACCCAUGGCGAGCCAAGUCCGGUGAGGAGGAUCUUGUUGACCUCUCUCCUGGCACUGAGAUUGACGUUGUGUAUCUCAGCCCUUUCACUGGUCCGCGGGAAGCUGGACGUCUCCCCACUGUGUCCACACUUGAGGAUCUGAGCUCGCUUGCGCGGGCGUGCGACCCUGAAUGGGCUGCUGAUGUUGCGCCGGUGUGGCCCACAGCGGCCAUCCCUGCCCUGCUUGUUGUGCCCCGGCCCCUCUCUCUCGAUAUUGUGUGUCUCGCCAUAUCGUCCUUGGAUCAACACUUUUCCAUGCUGACUCCGUGUGUCACUUCAGUGUCAUGGCUCAGUUUUGCUCUACGUUUUCUGCAGCCUAUGCAGACCCUGUCCGUGCGAGCUCCCAGCCCUCUCACUGCUGAGGCCACCACGGAUCAAAAUGUUAGAUGGCGCUCAGGGGACCUCGUUGUUGCUCUUCCGCCCGCCGCCUUUGUGCCUGAGUAUCAACCGCCCUGCUUCCACUCUGACACUCAAGUCCGUCAUUGUGCCAUAUGGUCGGUUGAUUUUUCAGUUUCCUUUAGAGCGAACUUCGUUCUGUGGCAACCGGGCGUCAGGGCCGUUAGGGGACAUGCCCCCGCAGGAGCUCGCUGGCAGGCACUCGACUUCACCUUCGAAGGGGAAUUCCGCCAACAUUACCCCGGUCGCUGGGUGCCCGUCCCCUGGAUUGCCCAGGACCACACGCAUCUCGUCCUGCUCCCUGAGGACCCAUCCCGUGCCAAUGUGGUGGUGGAAGCGGAUGGUCAAUGCUGGUGCGCCUCCAUCACUGCUGUCACAGAUGCGUGGCAACUGUGGACUGAACUGCCGACUGUUUCCGGUCAACCUCGGGUCCUCGGUGUUUCUCAUCACGAGCUUAGGCAGGGAACUACCCUACGCAGUGGCGAUGUGGUUUCCGAGGCCUCCGGACGCUUUGCACCUUGGGUCGUUUUCAGCUUGAUCGGGGUGUCUGGGUGGCGUACUGCCGGGCCUAGCGCUGUUCUCCUCGCUAUUGGUCUCGCUUUGGGACAUCCUGUCUGGGCUACUCGCUACACUGGCGCUGCCCCGAGCUCCUCUCUGGACCUGUACGCAGAGGGCCCUCUUUUGCCAGACUGUUACCCUACCUGCCAUCGGCUGUGGGAUCCUGCUUGUGGGGUCCUUGGACCCUUCCGUGGAGCUUCUUUGGAGCCUCCCGUCGCUCUUCGAGAUGCUGCUCCCGCAUGGUCAUCCUUUACCCGGGUUCACCCUCCACAGGACCCUCGCCUUGUUGACUGGGUUCCGGUGCCCUCUGACCCGAUGUUCGCCACCGUCCUUCUUCAGUGCCCACCUGCCACCCGGGCUGCUUUCCUUCCAGCUACGUGCGCCGCUGCCGAUUUGCUCCGAGCCUGCAAUCGAAUUGUCCGGGACCUGUCUCUCAUCUUGGCACCCCCCGAAAUUUGGUGUGGGACAGCUACCUCACCGAACCCAACUCUUUUUCUCCGGUCCGGCGACGUUCUCACUCUCGCUGGAGAGACCUGGGCUCCUCGCCUCCGCUCGCCGGCUGGGCGUUACUGGGACACGCUGCUCCAGGCGCGUCACUUCGCCUUCUGGGGAAGCCCUUUCAGCAUACGCCAACCUGGGCUCCUGUUUGCCUGGUCACCCGGUGACCCAGUCCCACUCACUGUGCCCACGGUCCGUGACGAACAAUGGGACCCCGUGCACUGCACCUUUCGGCCCUCCCUUGCCCGCUUCAGUGUCACUCGAUGGAUUCCUGCACAGCGGCUUGAUGACCUUGGUCUUCACCUUGUCGUUCCGCGACAAGGGGCGAGUGGCCUGCUGCGUGACGGUCGACCAACCCCGUCCCUUCUCCUUCCCCACCUUUUAGUUGGGGGUCUGCUCCCGGGAUCUCUCCGGCGGCUUUGGCUUGCGGCCCUUGGUCUCGGGCUCCUGGCAAGCUACGGCCCGCCGGCCGUCCCAGCUCACCCGCUCUUUCCCCGUGCAGGGGCCCUCUCAGGAGACUGCCAUGCUCCCACGUUUGAUUUUGGCCUCCUGUUCCGUACCAGCUGCUAUCUCCGCGCUCGGGGCGCGCCUGUUUGGAGCAGCACUGAUGGCAUCUCGUGGUCGGCCGAUGUUCAUGAGGAAUGCGUCGCCCAGGCGUCCAUACACCAACUUUGGUGGUCUCAUGAGCUUUACCCGUUUCUUCCCGCAUCCGCCCCUCCACCAUACCGUCAGGCUUUCUGCAACUUCCCGCUCUGGCACGGUGGAGUGCCUGACCAGGUCUUCAUUGCCACUGACGGCAGCGGCGAACAUGGAGGGGCAUGGGCCUUUUGUGUGUGGGCUUGGUGGCGCCAUCGAUGGUACCGCGUCGGUUGGUUUGGGGCCUCUGGCUAUCAGCUCCCCUGGACCCCCGACCUGCCGCCCUCGGCAGGCGGCCUCUCCUUCCACACUGAACUCUCGGCCUUACAGGCUGCCGGACUCUGGCUUAUUGCCUGGGUUGACCGCCUGUCCCUUCUCACAGCCUCUGCCCCUACCAAGGUUACUGUUGCGGUCGAUAACGCUGCGGCACUUCAAAUCGCAGCAGGGCAGGCCCAAGCCGCAGCACCUGCCACCACCACCACUCGGUAUGUUUGGCAGGCCGUCCAAGCUCGGCUCUCCACACGGUUCCAACAUGUCCAUAGCCAUGUCGGAGUGCUCCCAAACACCUUCGCGGACUUCCUUGCCGGCUGGUCGGGUCGAGUCUCCUGGCAACCGUGGAAACAGCUUGACCCCUCGCUACCCACCCUCAUGCAGAACGCGGCUCCGUGGCUCUGGGUCAUCCCGCAUGCUCGUGUCGUUGAGGGUCGGCCGUGUAUUUGUUUGGUCUCUCAGACCAUUUCAUGUGCCCCUGCUACUGAGGCUGGUGACGUGCUCCCUCCUGCCGACGAUACCUUGACAUCCACUGAGGCCGCUGUUCCACCGGGCCGUCCACCUGCCGAUUCUCCCAUCCCUUUGCGCUUGGUCACAGCCAAUGUUCAAACGAUGCGCGACUCCAACGCUUCAUUUUUCAAUCCCUCAGGGCAUGGUCAGCGGCGCCAGUACCUUUACUCCCAGGUUGCUACCUUAGGCCUCGACGUUGUCUGCCUGCAAGAAACUCGCAGCAAGGGUGGCCGUUGGGACACAGCCGGCCUCCUCACAUGGCGCUCUGGCGCGCAGAAAGGGAGCUAUGGUUGUGAAAUCUGGAUAAGGCCUGGCAUUACCAAUCCGCCCUUGCGGCUCGAUGACUGGCGCAUCGCUAGUGCUGACCCUCGUCUUCUCGUUAUUGUCAGCAAGCGUGAGGACUUACCUAUUGCUGUCAUCGCCGCCCAUGCCCCCCACGCUGAGCGGCCUGCUUCUGAGAUUCACCACUUUUGGUCUUCGUUGCACUCGUCCCUGUGCCAGCUGCCCCGGGCCCUGUCUCUUGUUCUCGGCCUGGAUGCUAACGCUGACCUCCUUUGGGCGGACGAAGACCAUGCCUAUAUAGGCGACUGUCUGGGCAACAGUGAGGAGGGUGCUGGCGAGCAAGGUCUUUUUGACACCAUCCAGCGCUUCGGUCUUCUUGCACCAGCUUCUUUCUCCGCCAUCCAACAGGGCCCGGGCUGGUCCUGGGAGCACACGGGCGGUACUCGGAAGCGGCUUGACCACCUCCUGCUUCAGGCGGGUCCAUGGCAGUGCACCCGAGCCCGGCAACUUCCCGAGCUGGACAUUCUCAACGGCCGCAGAGAUCAUAUGCCUCUCCUCGUUGAAUGCUGUCUUAAACGACAGGCGACACUGGCCAGACCCCCCGGGGCAUCCAACCGAGCUACCGCCCAGCAAGCACAGCUUAUUGCUGCUAGCCUUUGGUGCGAGCUCCCAUCUCCCGUGCGCAGCAUCGCUGAGGUUGGACAGGAGAUCCGGGAUCUCAAGGCUAGGCACCUCCGCCUCUUGAAGGCCCUCCCGCGAGCUCCUCGGCGGCCUGCCCGCCAGCCCUACAUCACUGCUGAGUCUGUCGCCGCCCUGGAUGUUGUGCGGCAGGCUCGCGAGCAACUCCCGCGCCUCCGCAAUAAUGUCGAAUGGCAGAAACGGCGCUUUCUUCUACUCGUGUGGCGCUGGAGUUGCGCCAGGGGACGAUCCGACACUGUUGUCCCUCGCCCAGACCCCACCGGGCUUCAACAUGCCAGGUUGCUGUUACAGGCCUGUAAUCUGCACAUCCGGGGUCUGCAGCAGAAGGCACACUAUCUAGCCCGUUCUGAUAAGCUUGCCCAUUUCCGCACCCUUACCCUUGCUGCCACCCAGCAUUGGGAAUCCACAGGCAUUCCUUUGGAAUCUAUCCGGCAUCUUCGAUGGGCCUCUCGUAAGGCCCAUGACCGUCGGGCUGUGCACGCCGCUGGCGGUUUCGACAUCGACCGUGAGCUUGAAGCACAAUUUCGUGACCAGGAAGGCGCCCGCCUCGUCUCUCCUGCACAGCUCUCACAAACAGCCGAGCAGUGGCUCUCUGUCGAUGCCACUCGCUCCCCGUGCCUCGAGGCAGUUCCUUCACUGCUCCAAAUGGAGCAAAUGUGCAUCCGACAGGCACCAGCUAAGGCACCAGGACCUGAUGGCCUGCGGAACGAGCUUUGGCGGGAACAUGGAGCCCUUGCCGGUCAAUGGCUUUGGCCACUCUGCACCCGCAUUGCGCUUCAGGGCCGAGAACCCUUCGAUUUCAAGAAAGCCAUCGUCUGCGCCCUCUACAAAAAGGGCCCGGCAUCAGUGCCUGCCAACUACCGUUCCAUCGCCCUCCUUAACGGCAUCGCUAAGCUGUGGCACUCACACCUCCGCACCACGGUCGGUGGACAUGUGCUGUCUCGUUAUGAGCCCAUGCAGCUAGGAGGGCGCCGUGGCGUCCACACUGGGUUUGCACUGGCCGCUUUCCGAUGCGCCUGGGACCUUUCCGUCGCUGCGGGGCGGUGCGUUGCUGUUGUCUUUGUCGACAUCCAAGCUGCUUACUAUGAGGCUAGCCGAGAUCUUCUUUUCGAUGGCUUCCCUGACGAUGUCGAUGUCCCGGAGCACCAUCACCUUGCUGGACUUGUGCUCCAGCUUCAUGGUCAGGGGGCUCUCUCCGCUCUUGGCGUUGCUGAGGAUGUCAGCGCGCUCCUUCGGGAUUGUGUUGCCCUAUCCCACUGGUCGCUCUCCGGGUCGGACAACAUUUUCCUGGCCUCCCGAGGCUCCCGUCCCGGAGACGGCCUAGCUGACGUCCUGUUCGGCGCCCUAUUUGCCAUCGGGCUGCAACACAUCCAGCGCACUGCUUGUUCCAUGGGCAUCUCGCACACCAGUGCCGGGGUCGAGAUCGGCCUUGAGCCAGGCGUCAAGCCGAUUGGCUGGGCUGACGACCUUGCCGUCCUCGCGGACUUUGAUAGUCCUGCCGAGCUCCAAACACAGCUCCCCCAACUCACCGGUGUCAUUCUUGACACCCUCCGGUGCUUGCGGUUCCGGGUCAACCUUGGGGCAGGCAAAACCGAGGCCCUUGUCGAUAUUAGGGGAGACGGCGCACGCGCUGCACGCGGCGCCUUGCUCAGCGGCGACGCCCUUUUGGAAGUUUCCAAAGGUGACAGCAUUCGCCUUUGCCCUGAGUACAAAUACUUGGGUGUAGCCCAAUUGCCUCGAGACACCGGCAGGCGUGACUGCGAGCUGUCGGCACAGCGGGGGUCAGCGGCGGCGUCUGUUGCCCGAACCCUGCUUUGCAGCAAUUGUCUGCCUUGGGAACUGAAACGAGCCUGGAUUACCGGCCGCGUUCUCCCCUCAGCUUACUCCUCCUUGGCCUUCUCGCGCGCUGACUCCGCCCGGGCUGCUGCGCCAUUGGCUGGACUCUUUGAACGCACAGCUAGGAUCCUGUUGUCAUCCUGGCAAGUCGGUCACAAACUUACCACCCCUUUGCUUCGGCUUCUUGCUGAUAUCACCCCUCCUGACCUUGCUACCACCGUUAGCCAGUGCCGCCUUUGCGUGCAACUUUUCUGCAAGGCUCCUGUUGCUGUCAGGGAAAUUGUCGAUGCUGCGUGGAACCGGGCAAUCCCUUGGUGUCAGGCCCUCGUCCUUGCCUGUUUGCGAGUGGGAGUCGCCUUAGACUCCUGGGACCCCGCCGCUCCCCCCUCCAUCACUGUCCUGUUCGUUCAGCAGAACGGACGCGCUCUCCUUCGAGCGUGCAAGGCUCUGAGCAAAUUUGGGCACAGAUACGCUGCCUGCGCACAGCUUUGGGCGGAUCUGGCCUCCCGUCGCACCACCAAGAUCCUAGGUGCGCCACAAUCCCACAGUUGCCCGGUCUGUCGAGGAGUUUUCCCGAGCCUUCAUGCAGUACGAGCUCACAUGCAUCGGAAACACGGCGUCCUGUCUGAUGUGACUGCCUAUAUGGCGGGCUCGGUUUGUCUUUGGUGUAUGCGAGACUUCCAAUCCUCGGAUCGACUGAAGCACCACCUUCAAACGCAGCGCUCCUGCCUGCACGGCCUGCGCGUUACAGUCGGCCCUGCUUACCAGUACGGUUCGGGCACAAAACGUUCGGGUCGCGCCAGCCACCGGGGAGUCCCUCCGCAGCGCAUCUGCGGGCCUUGCAAUGCCACCCCAGCGCAGAGACGGGCGGCCGACCUUGGGGUGCCGGCCGAUGAUGCUGCCCUGCAAGCUGAGUGGGACGCUGUUCAACGCCCCCCUGCCCUCUCGGACCUUGUCCCCGGCAACCUGCAUCGUCCUUCUCCCUUGUCGCCUUCCGACGAUGUUUUCGGCGCACAGCAGGCUUGCCAUAUCUCCGCUGCACGCGGUUCCUCCCCCACGUCCCUUGCCUCCCCGCAUUCCCGCUCGGCCACUGUCGAUGUGGCCUCUCCUGCGCAACACCCUUUGCAAUGGUUCUCCGUUGUGGAAGGGGCUGCUGGCUGUGACGACUGGGCUCUUCCCUCGCCCUGGUGGCCUGGGCUUCUUGGCCUUGGAGGUGUUUUUCAGCUUCCCUCCUCCUGGCACCGGCUCUGGCCUAUGUGGUCCGCGCUCGAGUUCUUCGAACCUUGGGAGCAUCGGGCCAUCCGUCGCUUUGGUGCUCUGCGCUCCGCCUCUUCGUGUGGGUUGGGCGCAGCAGCCACCCUUGCUGAUGCCACUGCUGGCAAGUGGUCUCUUUUGGAGUUGGCCGCUGCCACGGUAUCCUUCCGUAUGAUCUGCAAGGCUGUCCUACGCAGCGGUGCCCUCUGGCUUUGGGGCGCCCCAGCAAUUCGGGUCUUGCCCUGCUGCGCCGCCUGCUCCCGGCGGCCUUCUUCUUGGACUUCCUUUCGCCGAGGGGACGGGUCUUCCUUGUCGCUAGCUCUGCUUCCUUGGCCUCCCUUGUGCGUGCAGUCAUUGCUCGCCCUGCCUGCUCGGCCCCGGCCUCGCUUCCUUUGCGAGCUUUCUGGGCCUAUCCGGCAGCAUGACUCGCCGCCCCUGUUCAGUGUUUUCCUUCCAUUUCUGGCCGCGUGA